AUGUUUCGUGCAGAGGGCUGGGGUUCAGUGUGUGAUGCUGCCUUUGACCAGCAGGAUGCAGAGGUUGUGUGUAGAGAGCUGGACUGUGGGGCUCCUGUACAGGUGCUGGGAGCAGCUGCUUUUGGCAAAGGGAAAGGUCAAGUUUUGUCAGAAGAGAUUCAUUGUAGUGGAAAUGAGACUCAGAUACAUGUCUGUAAACGAUUAUCUUUGCAGAACAACAACUGUUCUCAUGACAAUGACGCAGGAGUAAUAUGUUCUGGUUACACUGAUCUCAGACUGAUAAAUGGUUCAGACUCUUGUUCUGGUAGAGUGGAGCUUCAGUAUGUCACUAAAUGGGGCACAGUGUGUGAUGCAUGCUGGGAUAUGAGAGCUGCCAGUGUCCUCUGUAGACAGCUGAAUUGUGGGAUUGCUGUGUCUGUUGUGGGAUCAGACUGGUUUGGAGAGGGAAGUGGUGAAAUCUGGGCUGAUGUGUUUGAUUGUGACGGGAAUGAAACAAAACUCUCAGAAUGUUCCAUCUCUUCUUGGAGUCGAGCUGAAUGUUCUCAUAGACGAGAUGUUGGAGUCAUCUGCUCAAAUUCCUCUCUGGCUCUUCAUGAUGGUCUGGUGCGGUUGUCUGGAGAGAGACAGUGUGAGGGGGAGGUGGAAGUUUUCAUCCAUCAGGUCUGGAGGAGAGUUCUGCUGGACUCCUGGAGUCUCAAUGAAUCCUCUGUGGUCUGCAGACAGCUGGGCUGUGGCUCUGUGCUGAACUUCUACGGCUCCUCUUCAUCCAGUCCUGAACACAGUCAUGAGUGUGUGACGGGCUUCCAGUGCUCUGGGAGUGAAGCUUAUCUGGGGAACUGCAGCUCUCCACAAACUCUCAACUGCAGCUCCACACAACAGCUGUCAAUCACCUGCCUUGGUCGUGGGUCCAUCAGGCUGGUGGGUUCUGGGGGAGACUGUGCAGGGAGGCUGGAGGUUUUUCACAGCGGCUCAUGGGGGACAGUGUGUGAUGACUCCUGGGAUAUUAAAGAUGCCCAUGUGGUGUGCAGACAGCUGCAGUGUGGAGUGGCCCUCAGUAACCAGCCAGUACCAGCCUGGUUUGGUCCUGGUUCUGGACCCAUAUGGCUGGAUGAGGUGGAGUGUGAGGGGAAUGAGACGUCCCUGUGGAGCUGCUCUUCUCCAGGCUGGGGAAAACAUGACUGUCUACACAAGGAGGAUGUAGGAGUCGUGUGCUCAGAGUUUACAGAGAUCAGGUUAACUGAGGGCUGUAAAGGGAAUGUGGAGGUUUUCUACAAUGGAUCCUGGGGUAAUGUGUGUUACAACCAAAUGGACAGAGACACAGCGAGUCUGAUCUGUCAAGAGCUGAACUGUGGAAGAUCUGGCAGUGAACCCACCAAUUCAGAGGGACUGAAGUUUCAUAAUUUGCUUGAUAACCUUAAAUGUCGACGACAUGAUUCCACUAUAUGGCAGUGUCCAUCUUCAGCCUGGGGUCAGUAUGACUGUGAUAAUGAUGUGGCCAAAAUCACUUGCUCCGAGAAGGAGAUUCAUGAGUCUCCUCGGAGUCGUCUAACAUGUUCUACCUCAUCAUCUCCUCACCAGAGACAGUGUUCAAAUCAUGUUCCUCUCAGACUGAAUGGAGGGGAGGGCCAGUGCUCUGGGAGGCUGGAGGUGUAUCAUAACGCUGUGUGGGGCUCAGUCUGUGAUGAUCAGUGGGACAUCAGCGAUGCUCAGGUGGUCUGCAGGCAGCUGGGUUGUGGAGCAGCACUGAGGACUGAUGAGAAUUCAACCUUUGGUGCUGGUGAAGGUGUUGUGUGGAUGAGAAAAGGUCAGUGCAGAGGGAAUGAGAUUCACCUGUGGGACUGUCCUCUCUCCCUGAAAAACCACACUGACUGCUCGCUUAGGAAGCUUAUUACACUCAACUGCAUAGAUCUGUCAGUGUCCACUACUCCUGCCACACCAACAUCAGCUUCUCCUCCAGUGCGUUCAACAUCAGUCACUCCUCCACAAACUCCUUCAACAGUGUCUCCUCAGCCCUUCGUCCCCCCAGUGCUUGUGAUUGUACUGGUAGUUGUGCUCUUACUGCUCUUAGUGCCACUGCUUAUACUGAUUCAGCAGAACAGAGUGAUGAGGAGAGCUCUCUCUAAGAGGAGACACAGGAUGACGUCUGAGGCCGUUUAUGAGGAGAUUCAGCACAGACACAAUCACUUCACUCAGAGGGGGAGUCUCGUCUCUGAAGAACUGCAUUCUGGGUAUGAAGAUGCUGAUGAGCUUUUCUCAGCAGAAGAGUUCAAGACUGCAUAUUAUGAUGAUGUCACCAAUGACAGUGGCCUAAAAGAAGAGAUGGUGAAGGAAAUCACACCGGGAUACUAUGAUGAUGUCAUCACUGAUGGACUGAAACCAGAUCGUGAGACAGGUGUCACUCUGUUAUUCUACAACAGCAUAUAAUAUACUUUUAAAAUA